AUGCCCUCAAUCACCGCCGUAACAAUCUUCAUCUUCGGCCUCAGCGCCUUCAAUCACGGCGUCAGCAAUCUCAUCUCCCCUCGCAAGGCUCUCGCGGCAAAGCAGCUGCAAGACUCAGCCCUCCCCGCACUCAACGGCUUUUCAGUCGCCAUCAUCGGCAUCGGCAUUUAUUACAUGCUGGCUGCCUAUCAAGAGAAUCGCGGCUUUUUUGCCCUCACUCUGGCACGAUUUAUUUCAGCCAGAAUCUUUUGGUUGCAAGGACCUGCUUGGAGAGUAAUUGCAACGUGGGAGGCAUUUUCAGCUGCACUUACGGCCGUGGCUCUGGCUUAUGAGGGAUACUAUGGAAUAUAUGCAAAAUAG